AUGGUGUCCUUUGCAGCUGCCACUUUUUCCAUGCUUGAUUGGAAGGAGAAGGCAACAAAGAGAAUAAUGAAAGUGCAGAACAAUAGAAGUGGAGGGGAAUGGGAUCGCUUGGUCAUUCAAGCAGUAAUUGUUACCAGAACCAUUGUAGACGUUUCCAAAGCUCUAUCAACGUUGUUGCUUGCAGCAUUUGGGGGAAAACAAGCGUAUUGA